CCCUGGACCCAUCAGCCACUCUGUACCUUACCACUACCCAGCACACAAUCUCCACUAUGCGCCUACACAAGUACGACCUUUGCGUCCGGGCGCGGAAUUUCCAUCGUCACCACCCCCAAACUCGCCGCCCACAUGGUCUCUCUCUCCGCCUUCACGGAUCCGGCCCUGCUGAAGAGCAACGGCACCAACGAAGCCAGCACCCUAUGGUUCACCUCGAGUAUCCCCAACAAAGGCAUCGGCACUCUAGCUCUCCACGACCUCAUCCCCGGAACCCAGAUCCUGCGCUACACACCCGCCUUCCUCGCCUACCUUGAGGCGGAUCUCAGCACCCUCGAUCGCGAAAGCCUAUGGAGCACGGCGAUCGCCCGGCUCCCCCGGAUAACACGUGACUCUUUUCUCUCGCUGAUGUACAUCUACGGCGAUCCGCGGGUGCGGCACCAGGACAUUGUAAAGGGCAACACGUUCCAGCUCGAACUCGCCGGCGCGAAUCACCUCGCCAUCUUUCCGGAGUCGAGCCGCUUGAACCACGACUGUGCGCCCAACGCGCAGUAUGUCGUUGAUCCUGAGACGCUUACGCAUACUGUGCGUGUCAUGCGGCCGAUUCCCGAGGGCGAGGAGGUGACCAUUGCGUAUACGAGUCCGCUUGAGAAGACGGGCGAGCGACGCGCGAGGCUGGAGGAGGGAUUUCAUUUUAAGUGUCGCUGUGCGCGGUGCGGGGACGCGGAGAGGGGUGAUGGCAUGCUCGAUCGGAUUCGUGAGAUGCAAGCGCAGCUCAAUGACUGGAGUGAGACGUCACAAGCAACGCCGGAACUGGCAAGGCAGUUGGUGGACUUGUAUGAGGAGGAGGGUUUGCAGGGGUUCAUGGAUGUGCCAUAUGGGUUUGCAGCGCUGGCGUGUAAUGCCGUGGGUCAAAGUGCAGAGGCGAGGGCAUGGGCUGGUAGGGCGAGAGAUGCGGUGCUGGGGAAGGAUGGGACGGGUGCGGCUGCGCUGAGGAUAUGGGACAGUUUGCUGGGGGAUGCGGAGAGGCAUUGGAGUUACCGACGGCGG